CCUGAUUCCAAUUUUAAUUUUCCCCCAAACCCUCCCCCUUCUUAUCUCUACUCUCCCUUUCCACCUCCCUCUCACAAACCACACCUCUCUCUCUCUCUCUCUCUCUCUCUCUCUCUCUAUCGCUUUUGUCUCUAGAAACCCUAACCUUAAGGUUCCGCCAUGAAAGGAGGUAGAUCGAAAACGGAGACCAAAAGGACCGAUAGCAAGCUUUCGGUGAAGAGAGGUGCUCCGAGCGAGAAGGCUGGUAAAAAGCCAGCGGCGAAGAAGGGGAAGGCUGCCAAGGACCCUAACAAGCCAAAGAGGCCUGCUAGUGCUUUCUUUGUUUUCAUGGAGGAGUUUAGGAAAACGUACAAAGAGAAGCAUCCUAACAACAAAUCCGUAGCCGCCGUUGGUAAGGCUGGAGGAGAUAAAUGGAAAUCUUUGUCAGAAGCUGAGAAAGCUCCCUACGUUGCAAAGGCAGAGAAAAGGAAGACCGAAUACAAUAAAACUCUUGAAGCUUAUAACAAGAAAAUGGCUGAGGGUCCAGCUGAUGACGAAGAGUCUGACAAGUCGAGGUCGGAGGUGAAUGAUGAGGAUGACGAAGACGACGAGAGUGGAGAGGAAGAAGAUGAUGACGAGUAGGUGGGAAGGCAAGUGGGUGAAGAAGAUUGGGGCAAGUUUGUGUUGGAUUUUCUAGAACACCAUGACUAGUUUAUCCAAGAUUAAUAGUUGUUCCAUCUUUUUGUUUUUUGUCUUUAUUUUUGGGUAGGAAAAAAAAAAUGGAAUUGGUUUCAGGGACUCCUGGAGCUCUCUCUCUCACUCACUCAUAUAUAUGGUUUAUGUACUUAUGAUCAUCUUUUCAUGUUUAAUGGUUAAGCUAGGUUUUUUUUGUUGUGUUU